AUGAACGCCGUUCAUGGUACUGCACCCCCUUCUUAUUCCGUCGUUGAAUCAGAUAAUGUCCGGAGAUUGUCCGCAAACUCGUCAUCCUCUAACUCCGUAUCUUCUGGCUCGCCAUCCUCGGCAGCACUUUCUAUAGAUAUGGUAUCUUUGCAUUCCUCUCUUCGAGAUGAGGAAUAUGAGAUUCAGCCCAAAACAAGCUGGAUACCUCAAGAGCCCAGAGAUCCGAGGCGCUCGCAGUGCCUGCUCGAAGCUCAUGGGAUUUACGCAGAAGACUUUGUGGCAUUCCUUGACAAUUUGACCGUGGCUCAAGGCCCGCCUGCUCCUUUGGCGAUGUUAAACACAGCGGGUAGCAUUGCAGGGCUCGUACCCUAUCAUUGGGCACAAUUGGCAGGAGGCAUAGCAAAUGUGACUGCAGGACUAGGGACAGCUGCUACUCGAAUUAUUCGGACCAAGCUGUUUCUAGAUAAGGUCAACCGUGACUACUUCGAGCCUCGAGGCCUCAAGGCGUCGAUAUGUAAAUCCAAAACUCUGGCCGCCAGAGUGGGAUGCGGUGAGAGACUCCCAGAGCUCUGGCCUACCACACCAGAGACAUAUGAGAUGAGUUUGCAAGACCGCCGAAUGCGGACUCUUGCUCCAUAUGUCGCCCCUCUUAGCUUUGAAGUCCCGCCACCUAGCAAGGAAAGAAAUUUCGUUGACAGAAUGACCGAAAAACAGAUUGAGCGGGCUGUUAAGAAGAAAGAAAAGCAGAGAGAAAGGAAAAGAAGCAAAAUCAGGAACAGCAACCAGGAUCAGCCGCUCGAUAAAUUCGAAUAUGUUCAAUGUUUAGAUGGCAGCCUUACCCACAAAAAGGUGCCGAAAUUGGAGAAGCAGUACGAGAGGAACCAACGAAAGAUGGAAAAGGCUGAAAGGAAAGCCGCCGAGAAAUUAGACAAGAAAGAGCCACUUGAGUCCAAAAAAAUCAAGAGGAAGGAAGAAAAGAAAAUGAGGAAAGCUGAGAAGAAAUGUCAGAGAUUGGAUGAACAUGAGAAAGAAGCCAAUUCAAGGCGCGCAGACAAAAUGACCAAGAGUCAGGCAAAAGACCGGAAGAAGUCAGAGAAGAUGGAGUUUCUAUUGAUAGAGUCUUGGACAGACUAG